AUGGACUAUUAUAGUCUGUCUCUGCUCAUCGCCUCUCUGCUAACAGGUGUAAACUGCCAACAACUCACUGCAGCAAAGACUGAGGAGUUCAGUUCAGAGGGCAGCUCUGUUACUCUGACCUGCAGUUACUCCAAAGGUUCAGCUACUUAUUUAUUCUGGUAUCGACAAAAUCCAGGAAAACAUCCAGAGUUCCUGAAGUCUCACUCACCUUCAGGUGAAGCAGAACAUCUGGACAGGAUGACAUUUAUAGGAAGCAAAGAAGAAAUGUCCAUGACGAUCUCCUCUGCUGCAUGGAUCAUCUCUGUUGAUCUCGUGUCUGACCUGAACUCCUGGAACAUGUUGCUUCACCUCCUGCUCUUCUCUCUCUGCAUCGCCAUGGGCUCCAUGAACACCGUCACACAGGAGCAGAGGGAACACGCCGCUUCAGAGGGAACACCCACCAGUUUGAGCUGCGACUAUACUGGUUCCAUCUAUAAUGUCCAGUGGUAUCGACAGCGGCAGAGAUCCAGACCAGAGUUCCUGCUCUCCAUCACAGAGUCGGGAUCGAUCCAUCCAACUCGCUCCGAUUUCUCCGCUCACAUCGAUAAAACUCAGAAACAAGCAAAUCUGCUGAUCUCCUCUGCUGCAGUGACAGACUCUGCUGUGUACUACUGCGCCGUGUCGCCCACAGAUCCAUCUCUGCUUCUUGCGGACGAUGUGGUUCUGUUGGCUCCAUCGGGUCGUGACCCGCAGCUCUCGCCGGAGCGGUUCGCCGCCGAGUGCGAAGCGGCCGGGAUGAGGAUCGGUGGCUCCGACGCCGCGGUCUGGAGCCGGAAAAGGCUGCUGAUCGUCCGCCCUGCUGCGCUCUCACCAUGUCGGCGGCGGCAGGAAGCGUGUGACCCCUCCGGUUCUGAUGGGGGCGCCUGGCCCGGUUUCCGGUCCCAGCAGGCUUCGAGGCGCCGGCCGCAGCCGCCCUCAGCCGCCCUCGCCUGUGACGCUCAGCGACCGCAUCCUGUGGAAACAGAGAGCAGAAGAUCGUCAGCAGCCAAUGGGAAGGCAGAAGCCGGCGCCCACGCUGUGACAUCACAGCCGCCACAGGAAGUCUGCAGCUUGAGCUCACAGUGA